CAAUGAUAUUCCACUUAGCCUGCUUUAGUAUUAGCGGCAUUCCUGUGUAGCUUCAACCUAACGUCCGUCUCGACGCUCAACCUCUGGCAGGCAGUCCACUUCUAUGAGGUGAAUGUAGCAUCAUAGAGCUUGAUACCAGUUCCUGAAACUGCGCCCAGCGGUUAUAGCGACGCCUUCGUGCCCCUCGGCUUAAGGAUACGCCAUUAAUAUGGGCCUCGUGCGCUCGCUAUUUGCGGCAUGCUUCGCACCGCAAGACAAAGCGCAAGUUGAUAAGAGCCUAAAAUUCCAGCAACAAGGAUAUGUGAAGUCUCGGCACAGCAGCGCUUGUGAAGCAAGCGAGGACUCGUCGCUGGAUUCCAGGCCAGCAGCUCCGUCCGCCGCUAAGAACUCGCCACCUGUCCGAAGAAAAUCAAGUGUAUCAUCCAUUCCAGAAGACUACCAACAAAACGAAGGCCCUGCUCCACAGGGGACCAAAGGUCCAACGCUGCUGGCAAGGGAGCCAUCUAACGGUAAACCUGCCAGAGCCAGCAGCAACAGCAACGGCUCAAUUCGUUCUCUGGCUACCGGUGCGGCUUCAGAUGGUCGUUUUCUAGAUGGUGAUGCCGCGAAAGGCGGCUUUUUCACGACGAGUAGUUUCUCUCCGUUCCAAACAUCGGCCGCAUUGCCUUUCGCCUCAAGCGAACGCCGUGAAGAUGUCGUCGUCGUCAUCACCCACACUAGUAACAACGCUAUCAAUACUUCCCAGGUUACAUCGACGACAACCACCACAACUUCUCCACCAGCGACCCUUGCGGCAUCGCUAAUGAACCUAACGACGGAAGACAGCCCGCCUUUGCCGCUCGAGUUUUGCACCAACAGCGCCGCCUUCUUCCAGGCUUCCGGCUGCAGUACGCCAUCUGGCCUUCCGCCCAGGAAGCCCGUCAUCAUCAACACCUUAAACAGCAGCAGCAACAACAACAACAAGAGCAUCAUCAUACCCUCAUCCAUUACCUUCCAUCUCGACACCGACGCCACCACCAUCUCACCAGGCCCCGCGUUUUCCGCAUCGGAAGCCGUCCGAGAGCCCUCCCUCAUGCACGGCUCCCUGGAGCCCUGCACGCGUAAUUCCUCACCCUCCGUGGUCUCCAGCCAGCUCCCCGGGCCCUUGCACAGGGAAGUCCUAGCCCUUGCCAACGCCACCACCGGAGACAGCCGUUACAGCAGCUCCCUAGGCGCCGGCGGAGGCUGCGACAUCAGCCUGAACACCUUCCCAACCACCGGGAAUUCGGCCAACGUGGCGGCGGCCUGCCGCUCCUCAUUCGGUUCGGAGAGCACAGGCCGCUGCUGCUCUUCCGGCUGCUGCUGCUCGUUAUCCAACUACACCAUGAGCCCGACCGACAUGGCAACUACCGUGCAGCAUGGUAAUCAAAGGUCAAUUGACGCGGCGAAUGGCCCAGGUGACGGUGCGGAAGCCGGCGGCAAUGUUGCCGCCGUUGGUCGUUGUGGCCGUUGCGGCGGUUAUGCCGGUCGCAAGGGCAGUGCGGAGUUAGCGAGUGGCGCGUCGUCUCUGUCGCAUGCCUCCUCGCCGCGCGCCCAGCCGCCAUGUGCCUUGGCGGCUCAGUUCCGGCAAGCGCAGCUACCGCCGCUGCAGCCGUCGCCGCAGGAGGGCGGCCUGCUGGUGGCAUCUCCGCCGGAGCUGCCAAUCAUGCCAGCACUACCGCCGGCGGCCGGCUCCCUUUCGACAUCGCCACAUUCAACUCGAAGGACCAAUCCGGCGGACAACUUCCUUCGUUUCACGGACCUGGAGACGUGCUGGUCGGAGCUGAAGGACUUGUCCUUCAUCGGUUCUGGAUCCAGCGGCAACGUGUACAGCGGCACGUGGUGUGGGGUCCCCGUCGCUGUCAAGUUCAUGAUCACCGGCGACCCAAGCCAGCUGCAGCGCCAGCAGCGGGAGGCCGCCCUCUCCCGCCUCGCCUCACACCCUCACCUCGUACAGACCUACGCCGUCGCCGUCGCGCAGCUCACUCACGCGCAUUUCCGGCCGCAAGAGCCAAACGCCAGCAGCCGAGGCGGCGGCGGAACCGGCGGAGGUAACCGAGUGUCGUACUUGACAGACCUGCUGGGCACAUAUGCUGGUGGUGGUACGGCAGCGGAGUUGUACGGAACGGCUAGUCUGUCUCCAUCUCAGUCGACAAAUGCUGGUUGCGGAGGCGCCGGCGGCUAUGUUGGUGGUGGUGGUGCGAGUGAGGUUGGCGCUGGUAUGCUCUACACGCCUGCAUCGCCGGGGACUGGUGUCACAAUCGGUUCCGGGUCGCGUUCUGACAAGCCCAACGGGUCAUUCAGCGGCCCGGAUGUUACCGCGGCGCUGCCUCAGAUUGGCGCCGUUGCACCGUUGGCAUCGGAUGACGUCUUCGCUUUUAACCUGCUAGGUAACUGCGAGCCGCGGGGGGCUUUACCGCCAUCGCAGCAACCCAACCCCUUUCGGAACUUCAUGGUACAGGAGCAACAGCAGCAGCAACAGCAGCAGCAGCACGCCAGCCGCAGGAGCGGUCGUAUCAAAGCUGCCAUCGCAGGGACCAGCGGCAGCACCGGUGGCGUUUCCGCUACCAGCGCCCCGGACGCACCGUCGCUGCUGUCUUCCACGCUAGCGGAGCCAUCACUCCCGCUGGCCCGUGGGUCGGUGCCCAUGCAAAUGCGGUCACAACGGUCACCUUUCCGGCCGUCUCAGCUGCCCAUUGCACGGUCCGUCCAGCAUCAACAACAACAACAACAGCAGCAGCACCUGCAACAGCAGCAGCAGCAGUCGUUGCUACGUCCGGCGGCGUCUUCCCGGCCCUACGUGACGCACGUUUCGCCCGUCGCGUCGCUACAGACGGACUGUCCACCGACCGCCAGCAGCGGCGUCAGCGGGGAAGGAAGGGUGGCAGCUGCAGCUGCUGCUGAGUCCGUGAUGGUUGUGGACGGUGGGAGCCUGGCGGGGGGCAGCGCGGCUGCGCGGCCAUUGAGUGGCAGUGGGAACUUCAGGUUUGACCGAACCAGCCGGCAGCAGCAGCAGCAGCAGAACACGGGCCACCUGCCCAGUGCGACCUACACCAGCGCUGUUAUCAGCACAGUAGACAUGGCGCUUGCUGGGGCGUACCAGGACGUCGACAAGGCCGACUCCUUCGAGAUGCGUGUCUCCGAGGCUGGCCCCUCACUGCUGCUCUUCCAGCCCUCCGACGUGCUCGCCCACCUGGGCGCGCGGCCCGGCCAGUGGCUCACCUGUGUCAUCAUGGAGGAGAUGGACAAGGGCAGCCUGCACGCAUCCAUCCACGCCUCCAGCGGGCUGUUCCGCCCCGGCGGCGAGUGGGGGCUGGCAAAGCGGCACCGCGUGAGAGCCAUGGUGCGGUCGCUGCUGGAGGUGGCGCAGGGGAUGGCGCACCUGCAUGCGUCGGGACUGGUGCAUGGGGACCUGAAGCCAGCCAACGUGCUGCUCAAGGCCACCUCCCGCGACCUGCGGGGCUUCACCGCCAAGGUCUCCGACUUCGGCGUCACGCGCGCCAUGGCGGAGGGCGCCUCGCAGGCCUCCGUGAGCACCUCGGACUGGGGCACCGUGGUGUACACGGCGCCGGAGGUCUUCAACGGCCGCUCCGGUCCCGCCUCCGACGUCUUCUCCUUCGGCGCCCUGCUCUGGCACCUCACUACCGGCCAGCUGCCUCACGAGGACAUCAACCCCUUUGCCGUCAUGCUCGCCGUCUCACGCGGAGAUCUGGAGCUCGAGUGGCCGGCCUCGGUGCCCAAGCCGCUGCGCAAGCUGGGCAGGCUGUGCAUGCAGUUCGAGCCCGAGGGACGGCCCACCUUUGCGCAAAUCACACGCGCGUUGAUGCGGCUGGAGGAGCGCAUGCGAGCUUGUACGACGGGGGCGGCAGCAGGUGGGGCGAGGGACGGGGCGGGAAGAGGAGGAGGGGCAGGUGGGUCGCUUUCGGUGUCACCGAGGCACGGGGCUGGGGCUGGGGGUGUUGGUGGUGCAUGGAGAAGAGAUGCGACGCCAGCAGUUGCAAUUGGGGGUGCCGGCGGCAACAGCCCUCGAGGAAGGAUGCAGUAGGCGGCAUUGUGAUCGGUGCAUGGGGGCGAUCGGUACAAGAAGCUGGGGUGGUGCAAUGGGCGGAUGCCUGUGGGGUUCCUUUCUACUUGGCCUAAACUUGCAAAUGGAAUGAAUGAGCAGGUGAUGACAAGGUUUUUAAAUUUUUGGGGAGAGUAUGCUAGUUGGCUACUUUCUUCAAAGAUGAGUUGGGCUACAGGUAGUGGCAGCUAGCGCCGUACGGAUAGGUGUAGCGGUAGGCGGAGGGGGAUUGUAGAUGCAAGGGAAGUUCAGAAGGAAACGCAGAGGCCAAGGUGAAGAGGCUAACCCAAACGUAAGGGAAUCAGCACGUGACAUACUGUUAGAAUGCGCGAGCGAGGGGCGUCGUUACGAAGACAGGCCAGCAUCAAGAACGGCGGGUAUCCUUCCAUUUUUAUCUGUCAAUAUUUUGCUGUUGUUCCAGGGGAAACGUGUCGCGGGCAGCUGAGGUGCAUGGAGAAAGGAUAUAAGCGGCAGGGUGAGUUGUAGAUUAGCCUGUAGGUGCAGGCAGGAUCGUACGGAAUGCAACAUGUAUUGUGUACGGCAGUUCAUGUGGCGUACGACGCAACGGCGUCUGCUGGUGUCGGCGGCCCCCGUGUUGGCUAAUGUGAGUGGCAUUAAGAGUGCUUUGCAUGCGGUGUUGUAUUCUGCUCUACUUUGGAGGGCAAAGGCCGCAUGUGUGCAUGCAUGGAUGCAUGCAUCAAUGCGUGCAGUCAACAAGAAUGGGGGACGAAGAAUUUGCGAGGUUCGUGCGUAGCUAGGGAAGGUGGUGCUGUCAAACAUGGUUGAGCGAUGCAUGCACGAGUGAUGCGUGAAGCAACAUGCAUUGCAACCUGCAACGUACUUGUGGGUUGCGUGUUUGACGUUUCUCUAGGUAGCGACGCAGGCAGGAAGGGAAGCCGGCGGGCUGUUCGCUGGCCCGCAGGCAUGCAACGGUGAGUGUGGGGCGUUGUGUGCGCCGUGGUGGUGUAUAUUGGUGGUCGGUGGGUAGCGGUGCAGUAGUUGUGGAAGGUAGGGAACGGAGCUGGUUGGUGAUCUUUGCGUGUGCCAUGAUGGGUGUGCUUUUCCGGAGCAUGAACAACGAAAGGAGCGCGCGCGACGAGUGAGAUGUGGGAAGCCGUACGACAAGAGGAGUCAUCAUUGGUGAUUUAUUUAUUGAUGUUCUCUUGCAUGGGCAAAUCCGCUCGGAAAAAGAUUUCGAUGGUCACCAAAAGAUGGGGACUGAUGGGGGCUGGGAGGUAGCUGGGUAGCAGCUUACCAACGAUCCAUGUCGAACACAGGAAUUACAUGUACGACAGGAGAUCUUGGGCGGCGCGAAACCACUCGGCGUGCGACGGCUGAACGGCAGUACGGUGCUGCCCUGAGUCGUUUCUGCUAGCCUGGAGCGUACGUAACCGCUUGCUUGUUUCCUGAAUUUACCUGACUUUGUUUGGAAUGUGGGCUUUUCCGUUCCGUUCGGCUGGUGUUCUGACUUUUGGCCAGAGCCUUAGUAAAGGGAAAAGUGUGAAUGUGGGCUGACAGGGGCCAGAGCCCGCACAACGUCAGACGCCUGGCUACGGGCUUUACCCGCAGGUGGCUGAAAUACAUAUAUCUUCCUAUCUUGAUCUGGGUCUUUUGACAUAACGUAACUCUGUUGGUGGUGGUUUGCUUGUCAACAGGCCGUCGAUGUUGCCUAAUGUUGCUAGCUUCGUUGCUGCGGGUAAUUUGUUGGUUUUUGCUGCGUUGAUGGACGGUUCAUAUAGCUGCCAACGGCAGCCUCUCCGAAGGUGUCAAUUUGGAGUCAAAAAGAAAAAAUAUACAAUAAUGUUAGUCAGCGCUGAAAUAUGGGUAAUGCACUGCCAAGGGAUCCACUGUCUCGCGCCGGCGCGCCGAAAAAAGGUUGAAAAGAAAGUGGGGGAUGUUGGUUGGUGCAUGCUCGAUGCUUCUUGUGUCGCUGGCCGGUUUCGAUAUGUGUGCUUCACGGUAGACUGCGUGAAACCUGCUUGCUUGAUGAUGUCUGCAGGAGACCAAGCGCGCGUUUGUAUGUAUCUAUCCUGCUGCCCCGAGGGCAUGGGACACGCAACGCUUCGGUGUAUGUUUGGUUGGGGUACCACUUGCGGUCUUAUGCUGUGUCCCGUUCCUGAUGAGACGAUGGCGUGCGUGCCUAGCUACCUACGAUUUGUUGACUUCCGGAAUUGUUGGACGGGCUAAUGGUUGGUAGCUGCCAGCAGAAUGGUGUCGUUUGCACGGCAUUUGAGGGCCAGUUAACAAGCUAGUCAGAGAGGCAGGGCGGGUUGAACUACGGGGACUGCUGCUGCCACUGCUGCUGCUGCUGACGCGCAGCCGAACGAACUGCAAGCGACGGAAUACGUCGAUGCUUGUAAUGUCCACGAUUAUUGUGAGGGCGCACGCACCUGCUGCUGCCCUUUCCUUCAAUGUGUUGCAGCCGGUGCUGCUGAUGAGAGGGAGAGCAGGAGUGAGCGAGUGGAAGAAUGGAGUCGUGGAGUGGUGAGCGAGUGGAAGAGCGAGUGGAAGGACAGAGGGGUGGAGGAACAGAGGAAUGGAAGAGAUGAGGAGUGGAAGAGCGAGCGGAAGAGGGGAGGAGUGGAAGAGCGAGCGGAAGAGGGGAGGAGUGGAAGAGCGAGUGGAAGAGGGGAGGAGGGAAGGAGUGACAGGCGUAAGGAACAAAGCGAGGGAUGGAGGUGAGCUUCCGCUAAAGGUGGCGGAGAGGAGUGCCGAGGAGGCGGGCAUGAAUGAGGGCUAUGUGAGAGGGCGGCAGGUGACUGCAGAGGGGAGAGGUACGGCAUUUGGCGCGUGGUUUAGGAGUGACUGGCGAGUGUGGAUCUCGUUUGUCUGCUUGUCGUACAUUGUGCGCUCGUCUGCAGAUGGGUGCUGUCCAACGACAGAAAGAGAGGGUACGGAAACCGAUAGGUGUGUGCCCUGCACUGAGUAUGGUCGUACUUGUGAGAGGAGGGGUAAGGCUGCUACAGAGGAGGGCGCUUUUAGUUCUUUAUAGGUUAGAUUAUGCUGCGCUAAUUUCAUGCGCACUAACGUCCAGACGUAUGUCGAACUUAGGGAAUCACGGUUAGCCGCUGUUUUGUCGCACACACUCCAGUGCCAGAGGAGUCGCACCCCUCAUCAACUUACACCGCCUGGGACCUGGCCUGCGGGCCCAGACUCCGAACAGCGUCUAAGAGAC